UAAAAAUUCAUUUUGAGAGCAGAAUCCAUUCCGUUGCCAUCAUUACCACUCGACCACCCCUCGAAUCGCCAUGGAAGAUCCAACACCUUUGGCGCCCCUGCCGAGCAGCAACGCCUUCGAUGGCAACCCGAGCGCAGGCAUUUUGAUGAAGUCAAUCGACGACAACGACGCCCUUUCGGACAGCAGCAGUUCCGUGAGCUCAGAGAGUUCCGUGAGCUCCGACAGUUCCCUUAGCACGGAGGGAAGCAACGACUCGGACAGCACGGAGGAAACCCAUCCCGUGCUUUCGUCCAGCAACAGCACGGUGAGCAUGGACGAGGCGGACAACCCCUCGCUUGUCGCGACAAACGAAAAGGAACCUCUGCACCCAGGAGAUCAAGAACUCCCGCCGCCCAAGCCAAAGACACUGCCGGCACCGGAUUUGCAGGUGUCCAAGAAAAAGACGGUUCCAGCGCGAGUGAGCUACGUGGAGGGAAUGGAGAACCUGCAGUCCCUGCACGAGAAGGUCCGCCAGUCGAAAAUAAAAAUGGACAGCCUGCUGAAGCUGCACCACCGGGUCCGCCAAUCGAAGGAGCAACUCUCGCAAAAGACCGUGCUGGAGCGGGAUCAACUGCUCACCGAGCUGCAGUCCAAGACCAGCCUCCUGGCGCAAGCGAAAGAAGAAGCCCUGCUGUGGAAACAGAAGCACAACGACCUUGCUGCCUCUCGGGCGUCCGCCAGUGGUGCCGACGCCCAGACCGACAAAGAAGACCCGGUCUGGAAGGAACGCUUCGAAACGGCCCAGAGCGAAUUGCUAGAGGGUCGGAACAAGGCGAAAGAGGCAUCGGAGCGUGCCGACAAGAGCGAGGCGGAACUGGAGGAACUGAACCGCAGGUUCGAGGAAGCCCGAGCGGAAUGGGAGACCGAGCGGGCCAGCGCCGAACGCAGCGCCGAGGCAUCCAUGGAAGAAACCAUCUCGGCCAAGGACGCCGAGCUCGCCGCCCUGAAACAGGACCACGAGGCCCUGAGAACGGAAUGGGAGGCGUCGAGAUCCAAGGCCGAGGAGGCCGCUUCGGAAGCAGAAGAACGCUGCUGCAAGGCGGAGGAGAAGAUACGAUUGCUCGAAGAGAAAACGGAAGGAUUGCGGCUCGAGGCAAGCCAAUCCCAAGACCAAAAAGACGCGGGACAGGAAUUGACGGACUCUCUGCGCAAGGCCGAAGAACAGGCAAAGAAUGCCAUGGACUCCAAGGAUCGAAUCGAAAAGGAGCUCUCGGAGCUGCAAGAAACCUGCGAUGCCGCCCAGGCAAAGGUCAAAUCUCUCACGGAGGAGAACGAACAGCUUCAGAAACAGGCAGCCGACGGCGCAUCCGAAAAAGGGGAUCGACUGGAAGAAGCCAUCGCCGCUGCGGUUUCGGAGCUGCAAGAAAAGCUCGAUGCUUCCGAGCGCAGCGCCGAAUCCCUCAAGGAGCAAAACGAAGAACUGGAGAAGAAGGUGGCCGAAGGCGUCUCCAAGCACGAGGAUGCGGCAACCGAAGCAGAAUCCCUCAGGGAGCAGCAAGAGCGAUUGCAGAACGAACUCUCCGUCAGCAAAACAAAUCACGAAGACUUGGCGGGGAAGCUAGAAUCUCUCACCAAAGAGAACGAACGAUUGCAAAACGUGCUUUCCGAGAACAAACGAUUGCAAAACGAGCUUUCGGAGAUCCAAUCAAAGAAAUCCGUCGACGAUGCAUCGAGUAGCCAGGAGGCGCUGAAGGAGCUGGAAGAAAAAUUCGAGGCUGCAAACUCUCGGUUGGAACAACUCACGAAGCAGAACGAAGAACUCCAAACGGAGCUCGACGAUGGUAACGCCAAGCGCGAUGAAUUGGAACACAGCAUCGAAACCAAAGACAACGAGAUGGAAGCACUGCAGGAAGAGUUCCAAGAAAGGACAGACGAGGCCCUAUCCUGGAAGGAAAAAUUCGAGGCAUCGGAACAAAGACAAAAAGAGCUGUCCGAGGAACUGGAAUCCGCUGGUGGAACGACAGACAACGCCGAACAAGACCAGAAAAUCAAGGAACUUGCAGCGGAAAACGAAGAAUUGAAGAAAGCCAACGAAACCCUCAAGGCCGAUCAAGCAGAAGAGACGAGCAAACUAGAGGCCAAGAUCAAGGACACAAAGGAGCGUGCCAUGACUCGGCUCCGCAAAAUAUCGGUGCUGGAACGAAAGCUCGUCGAGAGCGCGAAGGAAAACAAGUUGCUGGCGUCACAGGUAGAGAAGGGAGGGUCGGGAGAAACCGAAGAGAAGCACCUCGCCGCUCUGUCGAAGCUGAAAAAGGAGAAAGACGAACUGAUGGAAAAAUACGAGAAACUGGAGGGACGACACGAAGACGCAACGCAGAAAUCAAGCGAACGCAGUCAAGAAAGCUCGAAGCUUCGGGAGGACCUUCAAAAGGCACUGAAGCAAAACGAGGAGCUCGCAUUACAAAUAGAAGGCGAGAAGAAGGACUCGGCUGCCCAAUCCAAUGCAAUCACCGCUGAGCUGUCAGAGCUACAACGGGAGAAAGAGGAACUGCACGGAAACCUCAAAAAGCUAGAGAAAGAACGCGAAGACGCCAGGCAAGAAUCAGAAGGACACCAACAAGAAUGUUUGAAACUCCGAAGGGACCUACAAAAGGCUUUGGAACAAAACAAGGAGCUAGAGUCGCAAGUAGGUGAAAAGGGAGAGACAGCCUCCAAGGCGGGAGGCGACGGCAGAUCUAGUCUAGAAGGAUCCGGAAGGAGGAUUUCGUCGUGGCUUUCCCCUGCAUCCUCGCCGUCAGCACUAUUGCGCGAAUCGUCAAGGAUGAUUUCGUCGUAUCUCUCGUCGCCGGAAUCACAGACAUUGCUGCAAAUGCCUUCCGUCUCGGAACUGGAAGCGACUCCAGAGACCAAGGAGGAAGCCGAAGCCAGAGAAAAGGAAGAGAGGUUUGCAAGGGCCAAGGCAGAAGCCUUGGCCAAGGCAAAGGAAAUGGCAGCCGCCAAGGCCAAGGCAGAAGCGGAAGCAAAAGCCAAGGAAGAGGAAUUUGCCAGGGCCAAGGCGGAAGCCAUAGCCAAAGCAAAGAAAGAGGGAGCUGCCAGGGCCAAGGCGGAAGCCAUUGCCAAAUCCGCGGAAGAGGCAGCUGCUAAGGCCGAGGCGGAAGCCAAAGCAAAGGAGCAGGCAGAUGCCAGAGCGGAAGCCGAAGCAAAAACUAAGGAAGAGGAAGCUGCCAAGGCCAAGGAUGAAGCCGAAGCCGAAGCAAAAACUAAGGAAGAGGAAGCUGCGAAGGCCAAGGAUGAAGCCGAAGCCGAAGCAAAAACUAAGGAAGAGGAAGCUGCAAAGGCCAAGGAUGAAGCCGAAGCAAGAGCCAAGGAAGAGGCAGUUGCAAAGGCCAAGGAUGAAGCCGAAGCAAGAGCCAAGGAAGAGGCAGCUGCCAAGGCGGAAGCCGAAGCCAAAGCUAAGGAAGAGAAGUUUGAAAGGGCCAAGAAGGAAGCCUUGGCCUGGGCGAAGGAAGAGGCAGCUGCCAAGGCCAAGGCGGAAGCCGAAAAAAAGAUCAAAAUCAACAUUAUUUGCUGGUCGGGAGAUAUGGUCGUGAUUGAUGACGUCUGUGGCAACACAACCAUCGACGAAGUCAAAGAGCGACUCGUCACGCUUAAAUCCGUUGCAAAAGAGCACCAAACACUCCUCGAGGGCGGAAUCGAACUAAGCGUAGACGAUAAAUCGCUCCUCGAUUACGGCAUCGGGGACGACGAUGCUCUCAUGCUCGACAAUCCGGAUAAGAAAAAGAAGCAAGGGGGCGGAGGCUGGUUUGGGUGGGGUAAUAAAAAGUAGUCAACGUUUGAUGUUCUGAUACGUUCAGUUGAUCGAACUGCCUUUGAGGUUUAACCGAGUUUAUAAUAUAUGAUGCAUAUAUGU